AUGCUACUCUGUAGGCCUAAUUUCUUCUUCUGGACUUCAAAACAGAGAUUGAAUUUCCACCUCUUCUCCACUGUUCCCAACCCUCGCUUACCUUCGCCUCUUUCUUCUCUUCCACCAACACCUGGGAUCACCCAAAUUAAGCAAGCUCAUGCCCGUACUAUCGUCUUUGGCCUUGCUAACGAUGGACGCAUCACCCCUCACCUCCUCGCUUUUCUUGCUAUUUCUUCCUCUUCACUUCCCUCUGACUACGCCCUAUCUAUUUAUAAUUCUAUUCCUCAUCCAAGUGUUUUUGCCACCAAUAACAUGAUACGCUGCUUCGUAAAAGGGGACUUACCUCGCCACUCCAUUUCUCUUUACUCACACAUGUGCCGAAGUUUUGAAGUGGCGCCUAAUAAGCAUACGCUCACCUUUGUUUUACAAGCUUGCAGUAACGCUUUGGCCAUUCGCGAAGGGGCCCAAGUUCAAACCCAUGUGAUUAAACUUGGUUUUGUCAAAGACGUUUUCGUUCGAAAUGCGUUGAUUCACUUGUAUUGUACUUGUUGCAGAGUUGAGUCUGCUAAACAGGUGUUUGAUGAAGUUCCUAGUAGUCGAGAUGUAGUAUCAUGGAAUUCGAUGAUAGCAGGUUUUGUUAGACAUGGACAAAUCAGUGAUGCACAGAAACUGUUUGUUGAAAUGCCUGAGAAAGAUGUGAUUUCAUGGGGCACAAUAAUAUCUGGGUGUGUUCAAAAUGGGGAAUUGGAAAAGGCGUUAGAUUACUUUAAAGAGUUGGGAGAACAAAAACUGAGGCCGAAUGAGGCAAUAUUGGUGUCCUUGCUCGCAGCAGCAGCCCAACUUGGUACGCUUGAGUAUGGGAAAAUGAUCCAUUCCAUUGCAGACUCGUUGAGAUUCCCAAUGACUGCUUCUCUUGGCACAGCACUAGUUGACAUGUAUGCUAAGUGCGGCUGUAUUGAUGAGUCCAGAUUCUUGUUUGACAGAAUGCCUGAAAAGGAUAAAUGGUCUUGGAAUGUUAUGAUUUGUGGGCUAGCAACUCAUGGUCUUGGGCAAGAAGCCCUUGCAUUAUUUGAAAAGUUUCUUACACAGGGUUUCCACCCAAUCAAUGUGACAUUCAUUGGAGUCUUGACUGCGUGUAGCAGAGCUGGUUUAGUUAGUGAGGGAAGACAUUUCUUUAAGCUAAUGACGGACACAUAUGGCAUUGAACCUGAGAUGGAACACUAUGGUUGCAUGGUUGAUCUCUUAAGCCGAGCCGGGUUUGUUUAUGAUGCUGUAGAAAUGAUUAACAGAAUGCCUGCUCCUCCGGACCCUGUCUUGUGGGCAUCGGUGCUUGGUUCUUGCCAAGUUCACGGGUUCGCAGAACUGGGUGAAGAAAUUGGAAACAAGUUGAUUCAAAUGGAUCCCACUCACAAUGGGCAUUAUGUUCAGUUGGCUCGUAUCUUUGCCAGACUAAGAAAGUGGGAAGACGUAAGCAAAGUUAGAAGGCUAAUGGCUGAAAGAAACUCUAACAAAGUUGCAGGCUGGAGCUUGAUUGAAGCAGAAGGGAGAGUUCACCAAUUUGUUGCCGGAGAUAAGGAACAUGAGCGAACUACUGAGAUCUACAAGAUGUUGGAGAUAAUAGGAGUAAGAAUAGCAGCGGCAGGAUACUCGGCAAAUGUUACAUCAGUUCUUCAUGACAUUGAGGAAGAAGAAAAAGAAAAUGCCAUUAAAGAGCACAGUGAAAGAUUGGCGAUUGCCUUUGGCUUACUGGUGACUAAAGUUGGGGAUUGUAUUCGUAUUAUCAAGAAUUUAAGAGUUUGUGGCGAUUGCCACGAGGUAAGCAAGAUAAUUUCUCAAGUGUUUGAAAGAGAGAUCAUUGUUAGAGAUGGCAGUAGAUUUCACCAUUUUAAGAAUGGUAGUUGUUCUUGUCAAGAUUAUUGGUGA